AUGUAAAUCAACAUUGUAUAAUGGGAAUAGAGCAAUGCCUUAACUCCUUAGGAAUAAGCAAUGAUAGAUGAAAUGGAAAGUUAGCAACAAAAAGUUUAUUAAGAAAAAGAGAAGACAACUAAUUUUUAAUUUUAUAAGAAACGCGAUAAGAAAAAUGAUGACUUCUUUCGUUUGGAAACGAUCUAAGGAUAAUAUUAGGAAAAAUUAUCAUCGUUACAAAGCAUAACACAAAAUUUAGAAACAAUAUGUGAUUAAUUGAAAAAAUUGAAUGAUGAUAAAGACAAGAUUGUCCAAAAGAUUAGUCAAUUUCAUCAAGAAGCUAAUAUUCACAUCAAUGAACAAAAAGAGUUAUUGGAAUAUCAAUUUCAAAUUUAAGAAAACAUCCAAUAUUACUAUAACAUCCAAAAGAUUUCAAGGGAUUUAGAGAAUGAUGACAAAAAGGAAAUCAAUUAUUAAGUGUUAAUCAGCGAGAUUCAAGAAGGCAUGAUUUUCUUUUCUUCAAAACCCAACUAUUAUCAAAGUGACAAAUGCAUUCUUUAAUAUUAAUAAUUGAAGAAAAGAUUAUUAGGCACUUGCAAAAGUUCUUUAAUGAAGCUUUUAAACAAAGAAUCCUAAUUUAUCAAUUAAAAGUUUUCUCAAUUAAAAGACUUAAUUUGUGUAUUUUAUCCUCCACGUUUUUUUGGCUAUUAAGAUUUUAAUGCUGAUGAUAAUAAUAUCCUUCAACCCAAUCCAUUAAAGUUAUAAUUUUUAUAAAUUAUAUUUCCAUAAUUGAUUCCACAAUUGAAAUUCAAGGAUCCUUAAAUCAAGAAUAAUUAUUAAUACGAAGAGGAAUUUUAAAAAUUCAAUAUAACAGAAUAAAUGAAGGAUCUGUUUCUUUACAUUGAAUCCCAAAUUUAAGGUGAUUAGGAUCUAUAUUCAUUGUAUAAUGAUGUAUUUUUAUAAUACAAUUUUUACAAUAGAUUAAAUUUACACUAACAAAUCAAUGAAUUGAUUAAUAAGUAAUCAAGCAAUCUCAAUUAAACAGGUUAGAUUUUGCAUAAAAUAAAUUAGAGUUUAAUAUAGCAAAAAUUGGUUAGUAAUUAACAUUUAUAGAAGUAGUAAGAAAUACUCAUAUUCGAAGCUUUAUGCGGGAUUAUAUUUGAGACAACAGUAAUUGAAUCAUUUUAUUCAAGAAUGUUUUUCAGGUUAAAUUUAAGGAUUGUUAAAGAAAAUGAUAAAUAACAUCUAUCAAGAAUUCUUGAUAAUUACUAUUAGACAAUGAGAAUAUUUUUAUAGAAGAUCUAUAAUUUAGAUUAAUUAGUCAUGAUUAGUGAAUCGUUGUUGUAAUUGAAAAAUCAUGCUACAAAAGUAUUUUAGAAAAUAAAAGAGAAUUCAUUGGAUGAAAAAGAUUAUUUAUUUCCAAUAUUUCAAAUCAUCUCCUAAGGAAAAGAUUAAAACUAAAUAGUGGAGUGUUUUUAGAACUACUUAAACAUCUUUACGAACUUGUUUCUGGAAAAAAUAAAUUUAGACAUCAUCCACAAAUCCAUUUAAUCAUCUUAGGUUUAAAUUCAAUAGAAAAUAUAUUCGUAUUCCCCAAAAGAUUACAUCAGAUAAAAAUAAAAAUUAGUGAUUCAUAAAUUCUUAAAAACCUAACCUAUUCCAAAAGGGUACGAGAUCUAAAGAAGUGAUCUUUAUCCAGCUGUGAUAUUUGGAUUAGAUCUGAUAACUAAAAUGUAAAGAUCAGUGGAUUAAGUGAUUUUCAGAUAAUUGGCUGGAGAAACUCUAAGGGAAAUCAAUUCUCAGUUGAAAUUAGUUGCAGAAUAAUUUGAUGUUAAAUUUGAUAGCUACGUAUUUUAUUUAAAGAAUAUCAUCUAUUUAUGUGAUGGAUUGGCAUAAUUAGGUGGAGACUACAUAGUAAAAGAGAGUGAACUUGAUUUUAGUGAAACAAAAGCAGUUUUGCUAUAAUUAAUCACAGGAUAAUUGAGACCUGAAAUUUAAUGGAUAGAAUUAAGAUCUCCUGAGAAAUUAUGGACUUACAUUACAAACUUCUUUCAAUUUGUAUAUAAGGGGAUGCCUAAAAUUAAUUAAUAUGAAGUUGAUUGGAAGAAUAACCUUAUGAAUCAAAAGAAUUUGAUGCUGUUUUAGUUUGUUAAAGACAUGACUUUUAUUGUUGCCAAAACAUUAAUUUAAUAUAUUAGAAACUAUUAAUAUUUGUAGCACAAAUUGGUAGAAGAAAAGGAUGAAUAGAAAUUGGGGUAGGCACAAAAGGAUUUCAAUUUACUGAUCUCAUAAGGGCAGAUCAAGAGGUCUUAUUCCCUUUUUUAUGAAAAUAUUAUUGAUUUUAUUUAGGAGAUUAAUCUUAAACUCAACAACUUUUUAGAUAAAAGCACUUUCGAUUAGAUAUAAAUUUAAAUUAAAGAAAUAAUCUAGAAUUCCUUAUCAUUGCUGAGUUAAUUUUAUAUUAUUGUUUCUAAACAUUAUGGAGGAGAGGAAUACGAGCAAUUCUAAUUUCAUUCUGCUGAUGAGAUAAGUAAAUAAAUAAAAAUUGAAUAUUUUGAUUGA